AAGGACAGCCCAUUAUAUCAUUCUCAACAAGUUACGGCCAUUACAAUUUGGUCAUUUCAUUUUUCUCUCUUUCCUCCUUCUUCUUCUUCUUCAUCCUCUCUCUGUUAAAGAAAAAUGGAAGUUAGAGCUGCAGAAAAUUAGUGGAAAUUGAAGAAUCUCAGGAACUACAAUGAUGCAAAGCGGUGAAGGUUCGUUGCUUCUUUCCCUCUCUCCUAGCUUCAGCAGCUACUCCUCCGGCAGAUUUGCAGAAAUCGCCGCCCGUGUCGUCGAGGAAUUCCGUAAAGAAUCUGAUCCUGAUCCCGAUAUUUUUAACUGGAAACCUGAUGUCGCUUCUUCUCUCCAACACGGACCCGAACCGGAAGAAUUCAACCAAGCACCUCAAGUACAGGACGGUAAUGGUGAAACAGAGACUGUUGGAGAUGAAAUCGCAGACGAUGAGUUCGAAUUCGCGGUUGUUCCUAGGGAGCCACAAGAGGUGACGAUCUCAGCCGAGGAUAUCUUUUACAACGGCCAGAUUAGGCCGAUUUAUCCUGUUUUCAACACGAAUCUGCUGUUGAGUGGUGCGAUUGUUGAUAAGAACAACAGUAACGUUGACGACGAGGACGACGACGGAAAGUUGUUGAAGAAAUCGAAGCCGAAGAGAGUUCAUCGUCCGUCGCUUGGAAAAUUAAUGAGCGAAGAGCGCGAGACGAAUUCGUGUUCUUCGUCUGAGGCGGAGGAGCUUGACGGAGUCCUUCCUGGAACGUACUGCGUUUGGUCGCCAAAGGAAUCGCUCGAGAGAUGCAAAAAGAGCAAUUCUAUGGGAUCAUCGAAGAGAUGGAAACUCCGAGACCUUCUAUACAGAAGCAACAGUGACGGAAAGGAGACGUUCGUGUUUUUAUCAUCGAGCAAGAGAGUUGAGAAAUUCGCUGAAAUCUCAAAGGAAAAAGGUACUACCGGUACCGGAGACGAAAAGAUCUCCGGAAAGGUAAAAUCCAGUAGAGUCGCCGCAGCCGCCGCAGCCGCCGCGGCUGCGACGGCUACUAAUGUCAGUCCACCGGCGGCCGACGAAGGAGAGCAAGUAAAGAAUUCGUCGAAGGAAGCGGAUAGGAAAAAUCAAUCGAUUCCGUGCAGACAAGAAAUGACGGAUUUAUUCAACAAUGUCAAUGGUAUGAACAAAAAUCUCACAUAAAUUCUGAACAUAAUUAGGGUUUGAAAUAAGAUUUGAUUUGGGGAAGAAGAGAUUGAAGAAAGGAAAAGGGGGGGGAAAACCUAAUUAAUUGAUUAAUGAGUUUUUAGCCUGUUUUGUGUGGGAAAAAAAUCAUCCUUAAUUUGGAAUAAUUAAUUUGUUAAACGAUAAUCUUCUACUAAAUAGAAAUAGAAAAUAUUGUGUGAAUGGUUGGGAAUGAGUUGUAAUAUUGUACAUUUAUUUUCACAAUAUAUAUUAUAUAUAAUAUAUCUCUGAAUAUGAAAUAUUUAAUUUUGACC